AGCCCUUUCAAUGCCACACUAAGCUUAUACUAUGAUACCUUACUUAUAGAACUCAGUUUUCAGUGUCCUACAUAUUGUCUAGCUUUUGUAGCUGACAUACCUAUUGCUAUUCUGUAUGCUGGCAUCUUUUGGUACAAAGCCCUGAUGGUCCUGUUUUCCUUACACUGGGCAUUUGUAUUCCCCUCCCUACCAUAUUAUCUUGCUAUUUUUACUAAUAGCCUAAACACAGUCUAG